GGCCGAGUGGGCGGCGGGAGCGGCCGGGGGGUGCCGCGCUCCUCCGUCCGUCCGCCCCGCAGCGCAUCGCCCCGCAGCUCUCGUCCUGAGGAGAGAUUUCCCCGGUGGGGCCCCUCGAAGAAGAAGAUGGUGGAUCGCUUGGCAAACAGCGAAGCAAACACGAGGCGGAUCAGUAUAGUGGAAAGCUGCUUCGGAGCAGCCGGUCAGCCCUUGACUAUUCCCGGACGAGUUCUCAUCGGCGAGGGAGUGUUGACUAAACUGUGCAGGAAGAAGCCCAAAGCGAGGCAGUUUUUCCUUUUCAACGACAUCCUCGUCUACGGCAAUAUCGUCAUCCAGAAGAAGAAAUACAACAAGCAGCACAUAAUCCCUUUGGAAAACGUCACCAUCGAUUCCAUCCAAGACGAGGGAGAGCUUCGCAACGGGUGGCUCAUCAAGACGCCGACCAAGUCGUUCGCGGUGUACGCCGCGACGGCCACCGAGAAGUCGGAGUGGAUGAAUCACAUCAACAAGUGCGUGUCCGACCUGCUCUCCAAGAGCGGGAAGACCCCCAGUAACGAACACGCCGCCGUGUGGAUCCCGGACUCGGAGGCCACCGUCUGCAUGCGCUGCCAGAAAGCCAAGUUUACCCCCGUGAACCGCCGCCAUCACUGCCGCAAGUGCGGCUUCGUCGUGUGCGGCCCUUGCUCGGAAAAGCGGUUCCUGCUUCCCAGCCAGUCUUCCAAGCCCGUGCGGAUCUGCGACUUCUGCCACGAGCUGCUCUCGAGUGGGGAGAUGACCGCGUGCCAGCCUACCCGAUCGGAUCCUUACAGCCAGUCGCCCAAGUCCCCGCUAAAUAACACGUCGGACGACGACGACGACGACAGCAGCAGCGACUGAGGACGGUGGGGAGCGUCCACGGACGUUUCGGAGCCAUCGGCUUUCAGGGGGAGCAUAGGGUCGCCCUCCCGAAAGUGUGAACCUAGCCAUAAAUUGGCUGGAGAAACUUCAGUCCCGUGCCUCGGGAUAGCCUGUAAACCGUAGGGCUUUUUUGGUUUGGGUUUUGUUUUUUUCCCACUCUCCUGCAGGGAUAGACUUGUUGCAAAUGCAUCGGAUCAUUUUCUGACUUCUCAUACUUGAGUAUUUGUAGACUGUACUUUUUACGGAAGUUUGGAAAAAAAAGAAAUCAAAAUAGCUUUUAUUUAACGGAUUGUGACACAGAUAUAUUUUAUCACUAUAUUUUGAUAUGGAAGCCACUUAAAAUGUCAUGUAUAAAUUUUGAAAAACCAAAUGUACUCUGGUGAGUCACAAGAACUUAAAUUUUUUCUAACCAUUUUGUAUAGUGAGGGAGAUUUCAGAAGCAGUAAUACAUACUUAGAUGUCACUAAUUUUGGAAGUAUUUUCUUUUUGCUUUUAUUUAUUUCAUACCGUAGAUAGUGCCUUGUAAUUGAUAGCUCUGUUUACAAGAAGACAAAUCCGUCCUCACCUCCUAAAUUUGUUAGGAACAUCAGAAAAAAAAAGGUGCUAUUCAAAAGUUAGGGCAGAAUCGAGGCUUUAACAAGGGGCAUGAUAAGGAAAUACUUCUGACUACAAAUAGCUAAAUUUAGAAACAUUUUCAUUCACGUGGAUGUAAGCUUUUUUUCCUGUAAAAUAGUUUGAAGAGUGAUUAUAUUUUUACAUUUUUUAUAGACAUCAAAUUAUAAUUGGCAGGUGUAUUUCUUAAAAUAUGAUUUUGGAAAGUUUUUAUGUCGACAUUUUUGUCACAUUGUUUUGAACCUUCAUUCUGCACUAAUGUCUUUAUUUUGGGGGCGGGGGUGGGCGUGGAUUUGUUUUUUGAGGUAAUUUGAAAUCAAGCUCAGUUUCUAUAGUGAAAAUUACCCGUUUGGCACCCUUGAAAAAAGCUCUCCUUUUUAAAACAAUCCCAUGACAAAAAGUCAGAAUGGAAAGUGCUCUGUUGAAAAUAUCAGGGUUUGAAGUUGGAAUCGAAUCAUUUGCAAACUGUUUAGUGCACAAUCGCAUAGAGUUGCCUCAACGUGGAACAGAUUUCUUGCCUGCGGAGAGAUUGUCCUCCAGUUGCAGCUUUCUAAGUAAACUUGGAAUCUGCGAUCUAGUAAUUUAAAUUUUGGAAUAUUUAAUCCUAAUCCAAUGGUGAUUCUAGAUUUGUAAAUCGAUUGUAGGUGAAUCUGUUUGCUGUGUUACUUGAAAAAAAAACAAAGUGGAAGUAGAAUGUCAAUUGACUUUUUUUCCAUGGUAAUCUUUGUUUAAUCUAUGAAGAGGGUUUUUUCAUUGAUAAUUUCUGCACUCCUUUGCCUUUUGGGAUGAGAGUUAUGUUAAAGGCAUAAUAAAUAAAAUGUUUUGCCACACUGCACUAUUUUCCCCAUCUGUGGGUUGCAGAUAACUAAGUGUGCUUUUAGUGCAUUAAAAAAAAUCUGAAAAGGAUGAGGUUUUUUUUUUCCCCACUUCUGGUAUUUUCCAACUUCAGAAAUCUUUAUAUAAUGAGAAUUUGAUGGGAUGCUAAUUCAGUAAUCCCCACCUCUGAAUUAUUACAAUAAUUAAGCAUUUGGUCAGGAUACUAUUUCUUCAAAUCUUAUUGAACCUUUAAGGCACUUGAGAAUUUAUAUAUCCACUCAUUGGAAACAAAAAAUGUACAACAAAGAAUAAGAGGGUUGGGUGUGGGUUUUUUCUUUUGUUUAAUGGAAGAUGAACUUGUCACCAGAUGAGCAUUAUGUGGUGGUAUACAUUUUGGGAAGGCCACUAAAACCUGAGAAUGAUCAUAGAUUCUAUCCUUGAACACAAGAAAAAUUCUGGAUGAUUGCAACCGCUUUGAGAAGGUAUUUUCUGUAGCCCAAUGAUUGUAUGUUUAUAUAAAAAAAACCCUUAUUUUAUUUACCUUGUUUUCUGUAGAAAACACAUGACCCUGAGGCUUUCCCUGGAAAAUAACACAAAUAUGUAAUAUACCUCUUGUCACUUCGUUUUGACCCUUUUUCCUCUAAUUUCUCCUGAUCUAAAAGGAUGCGGCGGUUUUACGUAUUCUUUUCAGGAUGCUUUUUCUGCACUUUUUUUUUUUACCGCCUGAGAAUUUUAAACUUCUUUAUUAGACCUUUAAAGCAUUUUCUCAUGUUUACUUGACCAUCCUGUUCCCUGUGAAUGAAGUUUGCACUUUGCUGCACUGAUUUGUGAAGCUGAAACCAAAUUGCUAUCUAUAGGAGGAAAAAAAGCAUUUCAGUCGAUAGUGGUGUAAAAAUUCAAAGCCAUCGGGCACCUACAAGAGUUGUAACAAGUUGAUGUAAGUUUCUUGUUAUUAUUUUCAGUCUUUGAAAAUUUUUGUAAUAUCGGAAUGAACUUUAUAUUGCAUACACUCAGAUUUUAAAGGGCUCAGUACUCUUUGUAAUCGGUUUUCUAUCAAGCGUACUAAUUCUGCUCUCAAAUAUAUGGUCUAGCUUUAAA